CCGUAGAAAAAUGCUUAUUGAAAUUCUCAAUUAUCGUGGAUUUAUCGAUGGUGACGGUGUUUCCUAGCCUCGUUGUAGGGGGCAACUGUGAGGAGGUGUUCUUAUUCUCCAUUGACUUUAGUGUCCCAGAACCUUUUGGAGUUUGUGCUACAGGAUGCAAAUUAGGGACAGUCCUACUCUGUAUCCCUGUUAGUCGUCAACACUUGAUUCUUUCUGGCUGUUGUUAGACUUAGAUAUGAGACGCAUCUGAAUUCCAGACUGUUAUAAGAUUUUACAGCGACGUCUUUACAUCUGAGUAGACUAAGCCCUCCUCUCAGAGAUGGGUGCAUUACACAGGAUGUAUUCUGAAUACAUUUAUCCUCCCAAUUUAAACUUGGAGCCACUUUCCUUUGUGUUUGUGUGUGUGCUCAGUCAGGAAUGUGGUUAUGUUAUCCACACUUCAGCCACCUUGUAUGGCUUUACUUUGAGGUCUUCUCCGACACGAGUAGAAGCACUCAAAAAGGUGAAAAGGGAAAUCGUUUUCUGGUGGAUCGUCAAAUGUUGCACAGUCAAAAGCGGUACUGAAUUGUCAAAUGUGCCUGUUGCUCACCCUGAAAGAUGAUCAAAACAGAGAUUUUGUCUUUGGACAUUACUGCUCUUUUCCUCUCUGGAAGAAGGAAAGCAGCAAAGUGGGACCUUAAGAGCUCGACCUAGUGCCAUUUGCAACAGAGAGGAGCACAUGCAGAAGGAAUUUGAAGGAAACAACGUGGCCUCUGAGCUGUAAAGCUUGAGCACCCCGUGUAUGGAGAGGGAGGCUUUUUUUCCAUCCCAUUUCAUGAUAUUCAAGUCUCACGGAAUAUUACAUAGGGUCUCCCCCCUGAUGCAACAGUUCAAAACAGGCUCUUUCAGCCAACUUGCUGGAACGUUGUCUUACAUUUUUGGCUGGCCGUGCAGUGCUUGAUUCAAAGUUGCAUACAUGUGCCAAAAUAAGGCAAAGCUGUAUGCUAUUCUCUACUCUUUUUCCUAUAGUUAAGUUGAAAACCCAAGUGAAUUUCAAAUAAGGUUCAAAGGGGAUGGCCAAAACAAGUACCAGACGUGAUGGUUCACCAAACAUGUUUUCAUGUGGUUCUUAAAUCCACACAAAACAGAAGAAUCUAUUGGUUCAUUUUCCAAGUUAGGAGUGUGUCUGUCCUCUCUCCACAUUCAUGUAUCCCUUCAUUACAGAAACAUGCGGCCAGGCAUAGGCUGUACCUCCGGUGUGGUUUUACAAAAGACAAAACAGAUGGCUGACUAAGAACUUAUUAGUGAUCUGUUCUGCUUCAGUGCCAAAGCCAGUGAACUUUCCAUUAUCAUCAGACCAAUCAUUUGGCAUUCUGCCCCUUUCCACUUAGGAGCUCUGACUAAGACUUUCGAUGCAGAACAGUAUUUCUAUUGUAGAUACAGUGCAACCACUUCAGCUCUUCAACACAAGGUCAACCCAGCAACAGCUGUCAGAAACGGCUGUGAUCAGCGAUCUAUAUUUAUUUCCAGGGGCAUGAGAUGAACUUCCCUAAAGGAAUAGUCAUUAAAACCUCACCCUUUCGGUUGUUGUAUCUUGUUCGAGAAAGUGCAGCUCAAAGCGCUGGAUGGAAUAUUUGGCCUUUUUAAUGAGGUAUCACAUGUUCACCUAAAUUGUUUAGCUGGCAGAAUUUUGCGUCAGCAGCACAGUGAGCUAAAUAUACCCAGCAGCGUUAAAUAAGGGCAUGUAGCAGCUCAGGAAAGCCCGGUGUAAUAUGAGCCAGACAAGCAGACACAAGUCCGAAACCAAAUAGAGUACAUUGUCUCACUACAAAAAUACACCCAUGACUGUAAGGGAAACUAUUCCUCUGUGACACGCGAUCUUCCGGAAUUUCCCACAUAUCUACAGGACUAUAAAGUUCAGUAUGACCAUAAAUGUAAGCUUGUGUUUGUUGGGUAGUUUUACUGUUAACAUAGGCAUUUGUUCUGUGUUAUAAAGAGGAAACUCAUACGGGUCAAUGUAGGCCAUGUUAGGUUAAAUAGUACUGUAUCUUAAAAGAGACAAUGCAUUAGGUCUGAGGGAAGUGGAAAAUAGGGAGCCGAUGUUCAGAGUUUAUGAGACUGCUAUUGUACACACUCCCUAAACUAUUGGUGAUCCUCACUUAGUUCUUCAAGCUGACCUGCCCGUGUAAUGUCUACCAUGUGUAUGACAGGGUUAUGAAUGAGACUUGUUUACCCUUUGGCUGACCAUGUGACUAUACUCCCAAACCCAUUUUCAGGGCGUUUCCAUGGCAGCCAUCGCCUAGGGAGCAAGUCAGGGUGCUGAAAUGGAGCCUUGGGAGAAUGUAGGCCUUUAUUCACAGUCAGGCACACAGCAGUCUCUCUCUUUUUGGCCAUGGCAGCAGUCUCAAAGGCAUGUGUUUCACUGUAGUGUUCAGAUAGGCCUUUUUCCAAAACCAAUUUUGACCAAAAUAGGCCAUGCCCAGUUUCUAAGCAGAGGGCUCAGACAAGCUGUGUGGUGAGAGCUGACCUGUUUCUAUUCUUGCGGUCUUGCUAUGGUCUAGUGAACUACAUUGUGAGCGCCCUCCCUACAGCAGCAAGUAAACAGUUUUGCCCAACAGUCUGUUUAUUCAUUAUCAUCUUUCAGUGUGAUGCUGACCUCUGCUGGCAGUCUCUGUUACUAGAAAAUCUACUGAGCUGGUUGCAGAUGACGUAACUAACUCGUGAAUGUUGUUGUGGGAUCUCAUCAAUAGAGUUCUUGGGAAAGGGGAGUGGCUUCUUAGUAUGGCUGUAUCUGAACUUGGCUACACGCAUAACACUUUAAUUUCACAACGAAUACACUACAUUAUGCAUACAAAUAUAUUUGAAUAGAUUUUCUUUAUUCCAAUCACAAUUUCCCCUUUGUUUUGCAGUGUGACGUCUGUGGGAUUUUGGCCAGUUUAUGCAUGCAGGGUAUGACGACUCAGUUUAAAGGAAACAAGACUUUAAAGGUUAAGAAGGAGGUGGGUGAGAAUGCUCCGGCCCUCUGUGAUGACGAGCUGGUGGCCAUGUCGGUGCGUGAGCUCAACACACACCUGCGUGGGCUGACCAAGGAGGACGUGGUGCGGCUGAAGCAGCGGCGGAGGACCCUGAAGAACCGGGGCUACGCCGCCAGCUGCCGCAUCAAGCGGGUCACCCAGAAGGAGGAGCUGGAGAGGCAGAAGCAGGAUCUGCAACACGAAGUAGACAAGCUGGCCCGGGAGAACGCCAGCAUGAGGCUGGAGCUGGACGCCCUGCGCGCCAAGUAUGAGGCCCUGCAGUGCUUCGCCCGGACUGUCACCUGCGGGCCUCUCUCACCAGGCAAGGUGGCCACCACCAGCGUCAUCACCAUCAUCAAGUCUACAAACAACCACAACUCCAGCCCAACCUCCUUCUCAGCUCCCUCCUAGUUGUGACAGAACUGAGCUCUCGUCUCCCCGUCCUGCCUGGUCCUUACCGGUUCCGACCCGAUCCAGCUUGAAACCAAUUGCACCUGACCCAUGCUGAGAGGAAGCUCAGUAAUUAGACUGAGGGAAGGGGGUGGGGUGGCCACUAGCUCUGUGUGAUGAUAACAACAUAUGAUGCUGCAUUCAUUCUCUACUCUCUUUCUCUCACAUACUGUACAUAAUCUACAUUGUCUGUGCACUGUGCUACAACCGCCCCAGCACCGGCCGGGCAUUGGGCCUCUCUGACCCUCUCUUCUUGACUGAUGGCAGAGAUUAGCUCAUACUACAGUGUGAGUGGAUACUUGAUAUUAUACCCCGCAGCACUGGUCUGAGACAGCUCUGAUGCCUGUGGUAUCUUGCAUUUACAGAGUAUAAAGUAAUAUAUUAUUGUAAUAAUUACCGUAUUAAUACAUUAUAAACAUUUAAAAUAACAAACAAAGAAAUGCUGAUCUAAGCCUAAAAGCCUUCUUUCUUCUGUAUAUGAAAGCAUAUACUAAUGUCUCAAUGAAAAUUGAGGCAUUGAAGCUUUUGCCUUAAACUGAUGGAAUGAUCUCUCAGUAAUAUUCAAAUAUUCAAAUUUUUUGUCACUCUCAUACAGUAUGUUCAAUAUUUUAAGCUUUAAUAUUUCCAAUUUCAAGGACAGCUUGAAAACCGUAAAAAAAAACAAAUAUAUAUAUAUAUAUAUUUGAGAACUGACCAAGCAUGUUUAGCUGGAUGAACCAGGCCCUUUUGACAUUGGAAAACUUAUAGCAUAGCCUACAUAAAAGAAUACAAACAUACUCAUGGGUUAUCCUCCUUACAGCUGUGAGGAACUAAAUCUACAGUACAAGUCAAAUACAAAUUAGGCUACAUCAGACAAAUGACAGAUCAUUGAACGGCACUUACUAUUAAACUGUUAGAUCACGGUGUAAAAGUACCAAAAUCACUUGGUUUGCAAAUGUUAAAUCAUAUAGCUGCAAAUUUACAUCUAAAAUCAUUGGACACCUGAAGCAUCUUUUUGGGAAAUACCGCAGUCCAUUCGUGUAUUACUUUAGCAAUGGGAGAUUGUAUGAUGCUGAUCAUAGUUUGUGGUCUAUCCCAGAAUUGCUAAAGUUGCAGCUAGUUUAUAACUAUUGCCAAGGGUGGCAUAUUUAUUUUAUGAUAAUAAGACAAGCACUUACCUAUGAUCUUUUGCCUCUGAACUUUCCUCCCCAUGCUAUGCCAUAUUUCAUGUUAGGUAAUCCAUAUUGGAUGUAGUGAUAAUGGGAGCUGCCUUGACAAAUGAAAUGCAAUUCAAUGAAUUCCUGUAUAUUACAGACUUAAGCUAGACCCUCUAUUUUAGUUUCAAUGCAAGAUAAGGAAAAUGGAAGCUCAACUGCCUACUGUCACUUUACAUUGAGAACUCUGUCCUCUUAGAAAUCAUUCCUACUGUUGGGUUGUCUGGAAGUGCUGCUGCCGGUGUUGGUAACUCUCUGAAACGGUAGACAUUGAACACAAAUGCUUUCGACACAGACUCUUGGGUAAGAGGAAUUCCGGCAUAAAACUCAAGAGAAAAAAAAACUCUAGGAAUGGUGUCACGACCAAAUCCAAUGGCACGUUAGCUUCAAGUGUUACCCAUAAACAAGCACAGGUUGAGUAUGCUUUUUGAAGGGUCUAAGUUUCAGUUCUAGAUAAUUAUCUAGAAUCUAUAGUUUUUGCAUUUCAGCCCUUAUCGAGGUUAGUCACGAGUGAAGUCUAGAGUUGGCUCUUGUCAAGGUUUUCUCUUACCCCCAGUGGACAUGACUUCUCCUCCUCCCCUGUUUCUUAGCUGUAAAGAUCACAAAGGGGGACUUUGCUGCUGCAUGGCUCUCUGCUAUUUCAGGCAGGGCCAUUGCUGUGCUCUUAUCAUUCUCAUCUUGUGUUUUCAUUUGGUAUAUUUGUUAUUACACUUUAAUUCCCAGGUCUUUUUGUAUAUGUGUGUAUUUUUAUAUAAUUGUUGCUUUAUUAUAGGUAUAUUAAAUACGUGGGAGUGGUGUGAUCUUGUAAUCUGUCCCCUGACGUAAAAUUAUUCUUAUUUUCUGGCAGGAUAGUUCAAUUAUUAUCUAUAGCAUCGAUUAAAUCAUAAGGAAUCUAUUCUGCUGACUUUAUAGUUGUAUUUGUGUCUUUUUAAGGUCAGUUCAUAAAUAUUACCUGCAAACUACCCUCGGCUAGUCUGCAAAGUAGGCUGUCUGUGUUUACAGUCAUGCCUGUUUUAGAGUAGGUGGAUUGGGUAUAUUUUGAUAGGAAAGACUUACUUUGGUAGCUAAUUGCCAUAUGCCCACAUGCUAUUAUGAGGAAGUUACGUUUGUAUCACAUUGCUAAACUCAAAGACUUUUGAAGUUUGAGUUGAUGCUUUUGUGACAGCUAUGAAACAGAUACGAGUAUUACAAUUUGGAGGAGAAUAUACAGCCGAAUGCAAGUUAUGAAAUUACAGUUGAGGUGAAAACACUUGAAUUAUUUAGCACCCUUUUCUGAGCUUUACAGUGACCUCUGCUGGUAGUCUUUAUAAAUGCUGUGAAUAAGCACAUACAUUAUUAUUACAUUACCAUUAAUCAAAUUGUUUUGGAGACUUUUGCAGUCCAAUUGCAUAUCAAUUUCUAAAACUUUUAUCCGUUAGAGUUAUUGCUUUAAAUUUCAUUCAAUUCUGUUCUAAACAAAGCCACAAUACUGUCUGACUCAAAUUUGAGUGCAAACAUAUACUUUUGUGUCAAAAUAAACAUCUAACAAAGUAGAUGCAUUUCUAUGUGCCCCAAGCUGCAUUUCCCUCCCUAGUUGUAUUGAAACUCACUAAAGAUUCAUACACAUCUACAAGAUGGAGUAUGGAAGCACGAGUAGUUAUGCUCUUCCUGCACAGCAGGUGGCUGUGUUGUCCCUCAGUACCCUCAAUCUAGAAAUAAAGAACCUGGCUCCUAGAGUUGGAUUGAACAUUGACUACGGCAAAUUCAUAUGCACAGGGCACUGUAAUGGAACUGCUAGCAACUAGAGGGCAAUGUAGAUAAGAUGUAUUUCUGCCAUGGUUGAUUGCAUCUUUUCUGAUAUGAGCCAUUAUAAUGCAACGGUAAGGAAAUUGGAUAGAUAGUUCAGAAAGCAAGUGGGCACUUUUUUAAAAUGUUUAUCUUGUACGUUUUGCUAUAUGUUGCCUUUUAGGCUGUCGCGGUUAAAUGAUUGUAUAUUCUUCACCUGAUUUAUAUCUACAUUAUGUUUUAUGUAGGCCUACACAUCUUUCCUAUAUUUGCUCUGUCAGUCCUACAAGCUAUUUGCCAUAAACGGACACAGAACAUACAUGUUAAAUGUCCUAUGUUCAGCAGAUGUACUUAUAAAUUGGUAAAACAGUUCCAUGACAUAUAAAGUAUGCUGCUCCCAAGUAGUACUUUGUGUACGUCGACAUUCAAAUGAGUAAACAAGGUGGUGGUGGGUGAAAGAAUAACAGUUGUAAUACAAUGGAUCUUGUGCUUUCACGGCAGGGUAGCCUAGUGGUUAAAGCGUUGGAAUAGUAACCGGAAGGUUGCAAGUUCAAACCCCCGAGCUGACAAUGUACAAAUCUGUCGUUCUGCCCCUGAACAGGCAGUUAACCCACUGUUCCUAGGCCGUCUUUGAAAAUAAGAAUUUGUUCUUAACUGACUUGCCUAGUUAAAUAAAGGUAUAAUAAAUCAAAUAAACUCACCAUGUUCCACUUUGUAUCACACAAUUGUAUGUUAACUAUAAACAAAAAAGUUAUCGUGUGGACUUUCACAGUGAAUGGGAUCUCAAGUUUUAAUGCACAGCCACAACGACACUAAAUUAGAUGGUAAUUUGUCUAGUUUGUGGUAGUUAAUGAGGCAUGAUGAUAGUUCUAUUAUACUGCUUUCUAGCUGAUGAUGAGUGUAAAUAAAAUAAUGAGGCAGCACUUUGAAGAGAAACCGUACCAAUUGUGACCUUUCAUUACUCUGCUAACUAGUAUGUAUUUUAUUUGAACUUCAAUAUUUAUUUGAUUGAUUUUCUGUAAAUUGUAUUUUCAACAUCUAAAUUAUUUGAUUUACAUUCAUUUAUUUACUUGUUGCAUUAAAUGAAAUACCCUCCUGUACAAAUACAAUAAUUUUUGUUCCUGUUUCGAUUGACAACAAGGAGGUAAAUUAUUCCUGUAAAUAGAUGUCUGUUUUUGUACUUUUAAAUAAAGCUUUUUUUCUCAUUUA